UCGCCCCCUUCAUCCGUGUCACCACAACUGUCGGUCACGUGGGCUUUCCCACCGGUGGGACACUCACCCGACGAUCUGCCAGAGGACGCAGAUGCCAGUGAUUUGAGCACGGAGCAACAUCCGGAAGUCAUUAGUGUUCCACCGUCGAACGAUGGCCAUCCCAGUGCGGAGCGUUCGUCAACUGCAGCAAACGACCUGCCGGCAAAGGUGUCCACGCUGGAACAGCGUGCCAAGCACCCAGUAAAAGCGUUCGCUACAACCGGUACGACCGGAAGCGUUAUGAAAUCACCGGACGUCGCGGGAGGCACGUUCUUUGGCGGCGACUCAGGUUCGGGCAUUCGGUGCGACUCGGACGACGAUGAGGACUAUUCUGCCAGUAUUAAUGCGAUCAUUCAGCGGAAAGCAAGUGUUAAGAAAAAGCGCGGAGGUUACAAAGGAGGCCAUCAUCAUCGACGUACCUCGAGCCCUGGUAGUCAGAUGAUGGGACUUGGGUCGGAACCGAUGGCCGACGGGCGGCGUCGCUCGAGUGUCUAUACGACGAGCUCUGGCGAGACGGGCAUCACGCUACCGGGAGAUGACCAUUCGAUUGGACGUGAUGAAUCGGCUGGAAGGCAGGAUAAGCUGUUCGACACGAUACGGCUGCAUAAGGAGGUACUGCAGACGGUCAAACUGCAGCCGAUUAGUAUGAAGCGAAAGCUGCGCCUUGUACAGCAGGCAAAGAGCUACAUCACACGACACGAGGGAGCCUUACAGGAACACUUUACCUCCCGUACAGCACGCAGUCUGUUAGCACAGUUUAACAUCUUUCUCACUACAAAAUGGCAACAACUGCUCCGUGAGCUUGCAAAUUUGGCCACCUACCUGAUACCUUGGGAAUCACGCAUCAAGGAAAUUGAAUCGCACUUUGGUUCCGUCGUCGCCUCGUACUUCACCUUUCUGCGCUGGUUGUUUUGGGUGAACAUCGUCAUUUCGGUGUUGCUGGUCGUGUUCAUCAUGGUGCCGGAGGAGAUUUACGUCGAUCCGGAAAAGGCCAAAUGUGACAUCCGGAAGACCAUGUCCCGGCAAGAGUUAGCAUUGACGCGAAAUUUUAGCACGAUCUGGGAGUUUGAGGGCCACCUCAAAUAUUCACCACUCUUUUAUGGCUACUAUUCCACCUUCUCUGGAGCGAUUGCGUGGGGUUAUAAUCUCCCAUUGGCUUACUUCUUCACCGGAUUAGUCGUCUACAUUUACAGCUUUGUGGCAACGUUGAAAAAAAUGGCUGAAAAUUCUCGAAUGUCCAAACUGUCCUCCAAAGACGAUGAGUACGUAUUUUCUUGGAAACUGUUUACCGGCUGGGACUACAUGAUUGGCCAUAUGGAGACGGCCCAGAACAGAAUGGCUUCCAUCAUACUUGGCUUUAAAGAGGCGCUUCUGGAGGAAGCUGAAAAGAAGAAGGACACGCGGAACUGGAAAAUCAUUCUGCUGAGGAUAUUGGUAAACUUUCUCAUACUGGGCCUGCUCGUCAUCUCCGCCUAUGAGGUCAUUCUGGUUGUGAAACGCUCGAUGGACAUCAAGGAUUCCGAUUCGUGGUGGAGACGGAAUGAAAUCACCGUCGUCAUGUCGCUCAUCUCGUUCUUUUUCCCAAUGAUAUUCGAGGCUCUCGGGAUCAUCGAGUACUACCAUCCAAGGAAGCAGCUGCGCAUACAACUUGCCCGUAUUAUGGUGCUAAACAUGUUAAAUCUGUACUCCCUUAUAUUCGCAUUGUUUGACAAAAUUGCGCACAUGACUGGGGAACUGCGAAGGAUGAAACCGGUCAACUUUACAUCGUCGGCAUCCUCGUGCUUCCUGCCGGAAGCAGGCGCCAGAUGGAAUGUAACACCACCUGGGGAGCUUCAUUCGGAACGAUCGUUUCUGCUAGAAAUGUUGGCCGAUUUCAAUCGCAACGGUAUUGGAACGGGUACUCUGUUGGCAAAUGGAAGUAACUGUUUUCGGGUGCCUUUUAAUUGUACCGAGGCCACCAGUACGGCAACACUGUUGACCACACUGCUGCUAACGAGCAUUUCCACCACAACCAUUCCGGAGCAAUCUAGUCCAACUACGGCUGUGGUAUCGAGUGAGAUUGUGACGACCAGCUUCAAUCCGACCACAUUGAGAGGAUAUCGCUCACCUUACGAUGGGUACGAUUACGACGAGGAAGAUAUGGAUUAUUAUUUGGAGUAUCGGGCACGGCUUCUACCAAACGAUAAGCUCGAAGGAGUUCCGAUCAACAAGCGUGAAGCUGUUUACGAUGCUUACACACAAAACGAAAACACCUCGCUCGUAGAGAAUUAUAUCGAUUUUACCGAUAAUUUUACAACUGUUCCAAGCACUGCUGUUCCUACCGUCAGCACGGAAGACUUCCAAACGAUGACAUAUACUGAGCUUCACAGCUAUGUCACUGGGAGAUUUGAUGACUUUCUGGCAUCUUAUUACUCUUACGACGAAGAGGAAGAGUACCGAUUGAAUCAAUUUAUAACAUCGGAAGAAGCUAAUAGCAUACAGACGCCAUCUACUACAGAAAACAUACCAGAAUCUACAACGGCACUCUUCCAAAGCACGGUGUCUAGUGAGGAAUAUACUACCACCCGGGAUGAUAGGUCUACCGAAGAUCAACACACAACAGUGCAGCAAACAACGGAUAUGGAUUUAGCUGCGGAAUCAAAUACACAAACUACUAUGAAGUAUGAUAAAGCUGGUACAACACUGUCAUACGGAACGGAGGAUGAGGAUGGCUUAGUGAUCUCAUACGAGACAUCAUUCGCGCCAAAGGGAACACAAGCCGCAGAUAGCAGCAGUGAAGGAGAACCGCUGUCUACUACUGAAACACCUAGUACGUGCUAUCGUUGGGUUUGUGUGCCGAGCAAUCUACAGAACCCGGAAGGCUACGACAGCAAGUAUCGCAAUGCGGACAUUCGGUCACUCUGCUGGGAAACGAUGUUUGGGCAGGAAUUGGCAAAGCUUACGGUUAUGGAUUUGCUCGUGACGAUUAUUUCGACACUGAUUUUAGACUUUUUUCGAGCGCUCUUCGUCCGAUUCAUGAACAGUUGCUGGUGCUGGGAUUUGGAAAAAAAAUUCCCCAAGUAUGGAGACUUCAAGAUAGCGGAAAAUAUUCUGCAUCUCGUUAACAACCAAGGGAUGGUGUGGAUGGGCAUGUUCUUUUCGCCCGGUCUGGCCGUUUUGAACAUUGCUAAGCUGGUGAUCAUACUGUAUCUCCGAUCCUGGACCGUUCUGACCUGUAAUGUUCCACACGAGGUCGUUUUUCGUGCCUCUCGUUCAAACAACUUCUACUUCGCACUGCUACUCACCAUGCUCUUCCUAUGUGUGCUUCCCGUAAGCUACGCCAUCGUGUUCCUGGAGCCCUCAUGGCACUGUGGACCGUUCUCCAACUCGAAUCGCAUCUAUCACCUUCUCACAAAUGCCACCGAGCAAAUUAUACCGGAGAUGAUCACCAAGUACAUUGUUUCACCGGCUGCCAUCAUUCCACUACUCGUGCUGCUAAUUCUCAUUAUUUACUACCUAAUCUCCCUCACCGGUUCUUUGCGUGAAGCGAACCAAGAUCUUAAGCUGCAGCUGCGCAAAGAACGUACCGAAGAGCGUAGAAAAAUGUUUAAAAUUGCCUCAAGCACGCAGCAACAAACGCCCGGCACUGGAAUGACUGGCAUCAACGGGCUUUCAAGCUCCUGGCACAAGGUGCUCGAUUCCACCCAGCUGCGCCUACAAUCUACAACGGACAAUGCAACCGAUUCGGAGAAUUCCAGCUCGAAGCGCAAGGAACUGCUGCAGCGCAUGAUGAAGAAAGCACUGCAGAAGGAAAGCACGCUCGGUAGGGAAGUGGAACCGUCCUCGGCAGGGCCAAAAAAUUUAGCUGCCGAAUCGCCUCUUCCGAUUUCACCACCCAUAGUUGGAACGGUCAAUGAAAAAAAUCGUCCCUCCGCACAACUGAAACCGAAGCCCAAGGAGGUGGCAAAGGAGACAAUUGACACCGACGUGUUUCGUUUCGAUCGUCGUGCAGUGGAGCACAUGCACCGUCAAGCCGAGGAGGAAGAAGCGGGUCGUGGGGCGAACGAUGCGGAUAGUGGUAGAAAAAAGUUUGAAAGAACCCGCCCGUCCACGGCGGAACGGUUCAGAAUGGCGGCACAAGCCGAACGACGCCGUAUGCAAAGCAAGCUGGCAACGGAGAAGCUGGCGGAUAAAACGGCCGACUGGAUUGAACAGAUUCCCGUCAUUACGAUCAGUAAAACGUCAAGCGAUGAGUGCAUCAUCGACUCUGACGUGGAGGAUCCAAACGAUCCGGCAGCGUCGAACACCGCCACCGAAUUGACCGUCGAUCGCAGGCGGGAUCAUUCGUCGUCAAAAGCCGCCAAACGGUAUGCGGGCGGCUAAGGUGGUGUGUAUCGUAACAUUUUGAUCGUUUACUUACCUAGUCCGUACGUCGUAUGUGAAAAUCAAACAAACAAACAUUCGUGUGAUCUCAC